UGUUAGGAGAGUAUUGAUUUCGUGAGCGCACUCCAAUUGGCAGCAUCUCCACUACAGCGCCGGCGCGUCAUCCUCGGUUCACAUCGACGGAACGAGUUGUAAGCAAAUGAGAACAUGUGUGGGAUCUGAGAGAGUGAGAAAAGGCAAGGGGGGAUAGAGGGGAGCAAGAGGAGGUGUGAUAAAAGACUAUUUUAUCAGCCUGACAAGUGGAUACGAAAUUUUGAUCGCUGGACUAUUUUUUUUCUUCUUUAUGUUUUCCAGACUGGGGAAUUUAUCGAUUCGUCACAUGCGCACGCCUCUUCAUUAUAAUUGCAGACAGUUGGGUGCUGUUCAGGCUGAAUGGACUUGAAUGUGCCGCUGCCAGCUUAAUCCGUGCAGACUGGAAGAUUUAAUAAUUCACGGUAAUCACGCAUUAUCGCCUCAGUGGAUGCUCUCAACACAGCUCUGGUGAUUUUUUUUCCUCCCCUUCUUUCCCCCCAUUCUUCCUGUUGUCUUCUGGAGGAUUUAUCGACGACUGCUUUGCAAAUAUGCUCCUUAUCUGAAAUAUCAUCUGUUGCUGCAACUGGAUUGAAAAGCCCCCAUGUCUGGCUCUGACACGCGUUUGAGCUUCACCGCUCUGAGGUGAUGUGGACUGUUGAAUAAGAAGCGUUUUUUAAUCACGGCUUGAUAUUUUCACUCCAGGUAAAAUGGACGAAGAAUUAUUAUUACUUUUAUUACUUCUCUUGUCUCUACACGCGAGGCUGUGAUUCUGCUUGUGUUCAUCAUGAUCCUUUUACUCUGCUGAAUUGCCUCUUAUUGAUUCGGACUGUAAGCUUAAUAGCAGUAUUACAAGGCGAAUUUCAACGUGAAGUGAGACUGAAGACAGUUGGAUACGCGGAUCGUGGAGGUAUUUCCCUCCCCUUGCUCUCCCGUUUGAUUUAUUCCAUUUCUCCCAACUGAAGGGUAAAUGUUGAUGAUGGAGGACGACGAAUUAGACGCUCAUCAGGUUGAUUCGGAUUUCGAGCCGCAGAGCCGGCCUCGCUCGUGCACCUGGCCGCUGCCAUGCCCGGAGGAUUUCCCCGGUGGGCACGAGGUCAGCGGGGGUCUUCCACUGGCCAACAUCAAGGUGGAACCGGAGGACGUCCCGGCUUGCAUAGCGGGGCUCGUGGGCGGAACGCCGGGAGAGCUGAAGCAUCCAGCCGGCGCCCCGGCACCCACAGGCGCGACGCACCCAUGCCUGGCUGGCGCGGCGCUCGAUGUGACCGGACCGCUGCGCAAAGCCAAAUCCUCGCGGCGGAACGCGUGGGGGAACCAGUCCUACGCGGAUCUCAUUACCCGCGCCAUCGAGAGCACCCCAGAAAAGAGACUCACGCUGUCACAGAUAUACGACUGGAUGGUCCGUUAUGUGCCCUAUUUCAAGGAUAAGGGCGACAGUAAUAGCUCAGCUGGCUGGAAGAACUCCAUCCGACACAACCUAUCCCUCCACACACGUUUUAUCAGGGUGCAGAAUGAGGGAACAGGGAAGAGUUCUUGGUGGAUGCUGAACCCAGAUGGAGGCAAGAUGGGCAAGGCUCCCCGCCGGCGAGCAGUCUCCAUGGACAACAGCACCAAAUACCUUAAAAGCAAAGGCCGCGUCAGAGGAAAGAGGGUUGGCCGUCCUGGGAUAGGAGCAGGGGCUGUUGUUGUUGGGCUCCAAGGCUCCCCCGACCACAGCAGCCCACCACGGAAAGGCCUCCCCGGAGCUGGAGCUGCAACUGGGACAGAUGGAGAGUUUGAUGCUUGGACAGAUCUCCAUUCCAGGGCGAGUUCUUCAGCCUCCACACUCAGUGGGCGUCUGUCACCCAUCCUUGCAGAGGGAGAGCCUGAAGAACCAGAGGAGGGCGGUCUGUCCUGUUCCACCUCCCCCCACCUCUACCCCUCACCGACCAGUGCCCGCUCUCCGUCCAUGGGGGCAGGGAAUCGCUGUCCUCCCCUUGAGCAGCUGCCUCAGCUGGCCAACCUGACAGGUGCAAUCAGCCUGGAUGAACAGCUGAUGGAGGAUAGUUAUCAUCACCAUCACCCAUCACAGCAGCAACACCAGCAGCAUCCAGCUGUUGGCAGACAUAAGCACCAAACCCCUGUCUACCACUACAACUCUGGAGUGAAGGGACAGAGCCCCUACGGUGCAGGCGUCUAUGGUGCUACAGGCAUGGGGAUGCUGCGCCACCACUCACCCAUGCAGACCAUUCAGGAGAACAAGCCAGCAAGUUUCUCUGGAACCAUGCGGGCAUACUCCAGCACCAACGCCCUGCAGAGUCUGCUAACAGGUGGUCCAGCUAGGCAGCAAUACUGUUCCAAGGACAUGAUGCUGGGACAGGAGAGGGAAAGCCACCCUAUGAUGGCUCAAGCUAGUAAUGGAGUGGGCUCCAACCAUCACAGCCACCACCCUGGCCACCACAAUGGCCACAGCCACAAUGGACCUCAUAGUCACAGCUCAGCUCAUAGCCAUAACAGAACUCACAGCCAUACUAGUAGUCAUAAUCACAACAAUGUCACCAACCACAACCACAACUCACCUCACAGCCUCGCUCACAACGGUCACAACCUCAGCCAGAGCCAUAACCACACACCGCCCCGGGCUGUGGCCCUCAUCCCACGUGGCAACAGCAAUCAGUUGCAAACCUACAACCACAAAGCUCCUUACCUGUACAGCCCCCCAUCACAUGCCCACCUCCCUGCCUCCACCACCCUCCCCCCAAACCCAGCAGGCAUGCUUGGCAUGCCCCAGGACUCCUGCCAUGUGGCCACUGCCCCGCACCCCCGUCACAACCAUUACCCAGACCCACAACACCAAGGCAUGACUAACGGACCAUAUCACCAUGGCCAGGGGAUGGGGAAUGGUAGUGUUGGGAGCAACUACCAUGGCUAUCACCAACCUCACCUCCCCGAGAGACUACCAGCUGACCUGGACAUUGACAUGUUCCACGGUAGCUUGGACUGCGAUGUGGAGUCCAUCCUCCUCCAUGACAUUAUGGACUCUGGGGAGGAGAUGGACUUUAACUUUGACUGCUCCCUAGCGCAAGGGGUGGGCAUUGGCAUGGGUAUGGGCAUGGGUGUGACCAUGGGCAUGGGGAUGGGAAUGAGUGGUCUGACUGGUCCACAGCAAGCCCACAGCAACCAGAGCUGGGUGCCUGGCUGAAGUCAAGGACAACACAUCCUGUCCUCUGAACUAAAAGAACUACCCUACCCAUGAAGCACUGUGCUCAACUGUGACAUUCCUGACUUGACACAGAGACUAUAGGACCAACACUCUCGUCUCGCUUUGUUGUCUUGACAAUUCUUCUGUCACCCUCUCCUCUUUUGAUUUCCCUUCCCUCCCCGAGAGAUCUAGUUCAUGUCACAUUAGGUUUUUCUUCAUAUCAGCUAUACUGUGAUGACAAUCUCUCAGCUGUGUUCGCCCAACAUCGCUUCUCAUCUACCAUGAGAACUGAACUCUCAAUGCACUUUAUUGCAAGUGGGUCACAUCUCGCAGUGCCAGGCGUUCACAGAGCAGCUCAGACAGAACUUGGCAUAUUUUGUAAGGUGACUGCGGUAUUUGACAGCAACAAAUGAGGAAAUUACAAGCUUCGUUGAUAAAGUGUCACAUCUUGGCAUUGAAAUAAAAUUGGACUUCUUUUCUAAUAUGCUGUCAUUGUCAGUGGUGGGGACUUUUUUUGCAUUAAGUCCUUAGUUGCUAUGUGAUUAGAUGAUUGGUUUUUUAAGUUCAGCGUUAGCUCAGAAGCUUAGACAUUGCCUGUUUCUUAUCACUCACCUUACCAUUUUUUGAAAAAGUGAAUUAUUCAAAAUUGUUAAAUUUAACCCUGAUUUGACACUGGUUUUAAUGUAAAUAUAGUAUAUUUACAUAGAGAUCUGAUCUAAAACCAAUUUACCACUUUAAAGGGAUAGUUUGGAUUUAUUGAAGUCGGGCUGUAUGAGGUACUUAUCCUUAGUCAGUGUAUUACCCACAGCAGAUGGCACGGAAGCUAAGCAAUGUACUGCUAUGGAGGGGGGCAGCAGCAUAACGUAUUUUAGCUACCUAAAAAUAUCUACAAUAGUUUAAGUGUACACUAUAUUGAGGGUAUUGUUACUGCUUUACCUUUCUGUCAGACAGUCCACACAGAUGGGGAAGUCGUUAUUUGCCUCAGUCUACGCGCUUGGCAAAGCCACCAGACUCCACUAAAAAAAAACAGUAAUUUUUGCUCACUGAACAAGGGAGCUGCUGAUCAGUCGGUUAGUUAAGUUUGUGUUAUUGUGUGACUUUGAUGAAUCUAAACUAACCUUUUUAAAAGCCAAAGUCACACAAUAGCAAAAACAAACUAACAGGCCAAGGCAGCAGCAGACCAGAAGCUCCUGUGUUCAAUGAUGUUCAACGAGAGCUUCAGUUUCUCGUUGGAAGUCAUCUGACGAAAGGGUAAAAUAGUGAAAAUAUUUUUAGCAUGUUGUUCACUUACAUUGUUUUUUUGAGGCCUUUAUUUGAUAGGCAGCCUCAGGGUGAAAGGGAAAGAGAGAGGGGACAUGCAGCAAAGGGCCACAGGUUGGGCGUAGCUUUGGUACAUGUGGUGCCCGAGGUUGCUGACUCCUCCACAGCAGUUCAUUGCUUAGCUUCCAUGUAAGGACUCAUGUACGCUCAGUGUUAGAUAUGGAGACAGACAGAGCCUUCUGUCCGUACUCUGACUUCAGUUCGUCUGUCUUUGUGCACGUUUUUUGAAAGCUUACAGAUACGGACGAAAUGCAGUACCACCAGAGAUUAUGGAGGCAGGGUAGCGUAGAUCAAGCAAGAUACGACAAUGAAGAAAUUUGAAUAACGGCGGAACCGAACAACGUUGCCUCAGUUUAAAGGCACAAUUAUUACAACCUCCUCCACCAUUGCCUCAUUUGUUGUUGUGUGAAAUUUUUGACUCUGCCAUCUUGGCUGUCUUUAUACCAUCAUAAACGACGCAUGGAAGUAUGAGGGCAGUAACGUUUGAAACAGAUGUAUCUACUGUCGUACGUAAAGGGAGUAUAAAUGAGUCUACAUGCUUCCCUAAAGUGGGAAGGUAAAACACUGACUAUGGAUAAGUACCUUAUGCAACCCCACCUCAAAAGAUCCGAACUGUCCUUUCACUAAUGAUGAAAUUCACAUGCUCAUCAGAUCCAACUAAUUAUCUUAAACCAGCGGUCCUGUUAUUUAAAGCUACAUGCAUUUAGUCCUUGGCGCACUUUUAUCUUGGAUGUCACAUUUUGUCAGUGCCCUUUUGUCACCGGUUGGAAAAUAUUGUCACUACAUCGUAAAAUGGAUUCCAUCAUUACUGGCUAGCAUGCAAUUUGGUGAAUUAAAACGUCGUAUCACCUUGUCUCACCUGGGCUUCUCGUGCCAGUUUCUCUCCCUCUCUCUGCCUGCCAGUGGAGACAAAGUGACCAUUCCUCACACCGAGCCAUUAAUGUGGCUUGAUUGAAAUUCAGCAUCUUGUUUUUAAUCUCCAAAGUGAUGCGGCAGCGAUGCGUCAUUAUUGAGAAUCUAACGCGUUGUCCUCCCAUCUCUCACCCCGGCCAUCCGGGCAGCCGCUCGCCUCCGCGACUUAAUGUGCCAAGAAAGCGAGACAAAACUGUGAUUAACGCCAAGUCACUCUGCCUGCUGUCCUGCUCUGAGAAGGGCCAAUGUCACUGUCCGCUUGCCUGCUCACAGAGGGUACAAAUAGGAAAAGAUGGAGACAAGGAUAGAACAAAAGCCUGUUGUUGCAGUGGGAUCAAUCAUCAGCCUCAGUUUCCAUACUCUUUGGGUGUGUGUGUCUGAAAACAGGUAGUGUAUUCGUAUUGUAAACCAUCUCCAUCCUCUAUAUUUUGUAUUCCCCUGUUGCCAUGUUUUCAGUGCUUAUACCCUGAGCUUCAAAUACUCAAAUAGGUGCAAAGGGAGCGAUUUGAGGAGAAACAAUCAGCCAAUCUGAGUGGCAUGAGUCUAUGUCAGACAGGGUUGUAAUGCCCCACAGCCAUCCACAUCCACUUUUCGUGUGUUUAUUCUGUUGUCUUGUAGUUGUUGUUGUAUUGUUGAAAUUCUAAGGACCAACGAGGACAGCACUGAAAUACCCACAGUGUAAGGAUGGAAUUCAAUGGUGAAAUGUUGGUAGUCCAGUAUGACCUUCCUAAUACCGUGCACCCCACCCACACUUGCUCUGCUCAAUUGUCUCUGUUUGUGAGUGGGGGAGUCUGAAGCUUGUUUCUCACCGGCCUUUAGACGAGAGAAAGAAGACCGCUCUUCUCUCGUUCCCUGAGGGAGACUCUCUGCGCUUGGUCUGCACCGAGUACGGCACACAAAGGAAAAGAUGGGGGGUAAGGGUGGGGUGGGGGUUAUUGUUACAGCCAAAGGUCAAGCACGGCACAGACUAUCAGACCCGUAAUUGAGGUAAAUACCUUUAUUUCAGGGCUUUUAGUCGCGUUCCAGCUAAUCUCCGUGUAGAAAAUGUGUGGAAUUUUCUAAGCAAAAUGGGCCUCACAAAGCAGUUACAUUAUAACCUAUGCUACAGACAUUUAGCAAUGCCCUGCUAUUGGAAAGAGAGCUAUAUAUGAUGUCUAAUUUUCCUAUAUUUAUUUAUGAAAGAGAUUGGUCUUUGUCACUCCUCAAUGUGGUAGUUGUUUGAGUCAACUCCUAUCCCCCAUCCUCUUUUUUUCUCCUCUCUGUUUUUUAAGAUGUCCUUCUCCCUUUGCCCUUUUACUGACUUUUAUUUUGUACAAAAUCUAUAUAUUAAGAAUAUUGUAUAAUAGUUUUUAAAAUCUCAAAAAUAAUAUCAGUUUUGUUGUCUAUUUCUUUUUUAAGAGAAUGUAUCUCAUCAU